UAUUUAUCUUAUUUUGGAACUUAGUUUGCUGCUUGAAUGAUCUCCAACAUUAUUAUGAAACAAAAUCAACUCUGACACUUUGUUAAUAAGCUGCAAAAUGUUUACUGAAAAGGCAUUAGAUCAUGGAAUAUGAUAAUAUGUGAUACCUUACAUCAAAAUAGAAUCCUGUAGACAGAUUCUGGAGAAAGCCAAAUUGGUAUAAAAUUUCAGAAGAUUUUAUUAUAAAGCUGCAAACAUUUGCUGUUGUCAAUCUUACCACCAGCCCCCAUGAGAUUGCAUUAUAGAGCAAACCAUUCUCAACUGUGGGGGAUGAUAAGUACAAUACUCAAAAGUUUCUAAAAAUGGAUUGAGAUUAUUCACAAAUUAAUGCACCAGAAUAAUGUAAUUUAAAAACUCGUCUAAGGGAAGUGUUAUGGAGGGCACAACCGACAAAAGUAAUGCAAACGAAGAUAGGAAUACAUCUCGAAAUGUAGUGGUAAUUUCGAAGGGGUACUUUGGAGAUGCUGUCGCUCUCAUCUCACAGGCCUGUAAUGCAAUCGCCUGCGCAAAUGUCACCAAUCUAUUUUGGAGUUUCGGCUGAGUAAAGCAAAGUACGUCAACGAUUUAGCAUUCGGCACAGACCAGGGUACAAGGCAAAAUCGAGAACUACUGCAGGAGACUGGGGGAUACAGCCCCAGCCACUGGUUUUCACAAACUUUCAUCCUAUCUUUCGCACUUCGUCUUUGGACAAACUAUCUGGAUGAUUCAUUCAGAUCUCCUUGGAAUCCACCUUCUGAUAUACCGUACUCCGAUGCGCGGUUUAUAUAUUUGAAUUUUUUAAAUGUUCUUCGUGAUUGCCGUCGAUUUGAAAACAGGUACGUUUUCUCUCGCACGCUGCUUAGUUCUCGCCCCCCCCCCCCAAAAAAAGAAAUGCAUUCACUGGAACAGAAAUAUGUGUCUGAACUAAUUUAAAGAACUGAAUGCAUUUCCAGGUUUUAACUUAAAAUACAACGCUAAAUAACCUAAAAUGUGCUGUGUACUUUUUAAAAUCAACACAGAUAGUUUGUGUAUGCUAUUGUUAACGGUGUUAUGUACAUAUUGUCAAGGAUUGGUUCUACAAAUGGACGUGUACCGAGAUAAGAGUGGACAGCUGAUUCUAUUUUUAAGACAGUGCUGUAACUCAGGGAGGGGAAGGGGUGACGAUUGACGACUUUUGUACGACCUCAACUGAAGGAGCGCACUGAAAGAUACUAGAAAGAACGGUUCUCAUGACCUUCAAAGUGUAAAAGUUAGUUCCUUUCUCCAUUCUAGAUCAAUGAUGGAUUUCGGCGGAGCCCCCAGAUUUUUAGCCCGACCCAAGGCGUUUACUGUCUCCGCCGGUAAGGAUGCGACCCUCGCCUGCCAGAUUAUCGGCAACCCGGUGCCAGUGGUAGUGUGGGAAAAGGACAAGGCGCCGGUGAAGUCGGGAGGCCGCUUCAAAACGGUGGAGGACGGCGACAUGUACAAGCUGACCAUUUACGACCUGUGCACAGGUGACAGCGGCCAGUACAUCUGCAGGGCCAACAACACAGUGGGCGAAGCGUACGCGGCGGUCACUCUGCGGGUCGGCGUCGACCUGGACGAGGCGCCGGGAGCGCAGCACGCCCCGACCUUCCUGCUCAAACCGUGUUCUCUCCGCGUGUGCCUGGGCGACGACGCCAGCUUCUCCUGCAAGGUGGACGGGAACCCGACGCCGUCCAUCCACUGGGAGAGAGAUGGCGAGAGGUUGGGCGACGGCGGCAACAACCGCUACUCGGUGGAGGCUGCUGUCGACGGAAGCACGCUGAAAAUCUCCUGCGUCAGGUUUUCCGACGGCGGCGCCUUGCUGUGUAGGGCCUUCAACCGUCUGGGCGAGAGCCAGGUUGUCGUCGCCUUGGUCGUCCUCUCCCCGACUGAAGCCAGCUCUGCUCUGCCCGUGGCGCUAGAUCCCGGCUACGCCAAGACCUCGCUGCUGUCUCACCUGCAGCAAAGGCGGGAACACAUGCGCGGCCACGACAUUCUUACCUCAGGUCCGUCGACGGACGGCCCAUCCACGCCUGUUGUCUCGGCCGGCCGCCAGCUCUCGCGAGAUUACGAAACGGCGGGAAGCUACAGUCGGCUGCGCUCGCUGUAUGCGCCGCUCUCGGGCACUGGCGUGGGCGGGGCCGCGAGCGCGGCGGUUGGAUGGGCCCGCACGUGCACUGUCACCGAGGGCAAACAUGCCAAGCUGAGCUGUCAAGUGACGGGCAAACCCAGACCCGAGAUCCUGUGGAAGAAGGACGGCGAGGUCAUCUUCUCGGGCCGACGGCACGUCCUCUUCGACGAUGACGAGGACAACUUCGUGCUGAGGAUUCUCUACUGCAAGCAGAGCGACAACGGACGGUACACUUGCACCGCUUCCAAUUUGGCCGGACAGACUUACAGUUCGGUGCUGGUCAUCGUCAAAGAACCAAGUGUACCCUUUAAGACCAAACUGAAAGAUGUCGAAGUUGUGGAGAAGGAAACAGCAACCCUCCAGUGUGAAGUUCCUAUUCCUGCUAUACAGGCUAGUUGGUUCCUAGAGGAAACGGAGAUAGCUGAGAGCACCAAAUAUAAAAUAGAAGAGGAGGGCACCCUCAGAAAACUUACUAUCAAAAAUGUUACAACUGAUGAUGAUGCUGUCUAUAUUUGUGAAAUGAAAGAAGGCAGCAGAACAGUUGGAGAGUUGACAGUGAAAGGUAACAUUGUUAAGAAGCUUCCAAGGAAAACUGCAGUACCAGAAAAUGACACUGCCAUUUUCUGUGUGGAAUUGAACAGUGGCUGUAAGACUAUCAGGUGGACAAAGAAUGGAAAAGAGCUAGAACCAAAUGAUAGAACAACCAUCGCUGUUUCUGGCAAGCGGCACACUCUUACAAUUCGUGAAUGCAAAUGGGAAGAUGUUGGAGAAAUAGCUCUUUUGGCAGAUGAUUCUAGAACCUCAACUCAAUUUACAUUAACAUCUCCCCGGAAAGUUCCACCACAUCCCCCAGUCAAUCCUGUGGUGAAAGGUAAAACAGAAACAUCUGUCACUUUGGCUUGGUCUCUGCCUCAAGACGUGCCACCUGCCCCUGUCACAGGAUACAUAAUAGAAAAAAGGAAAGUAGGAAGCAAUACCUGGACAAGAUGUCAUACUAGCGACAAGAUAGAGGCACAAGAGUUCACAGUCGAUGGCUUGCCAGAAGGAGCUAGUUAUCAGUUUAGAAUUAGUUCUGUAAACAACUUUACCCAGAGCACAUUCUUAGAAGUCCCAGGAACAUUUUACAUCGAAUCUAGAGCUUUCAUUGAGAAACCUUUGCAAGAUGUUGAAGCUUCAGCAGGUGAAGAUGCAACUUUCUUUGUUGAACUAUCUACAAUUGCGCCUGGGAUAUGGUUCAUCAACGAAAAUGCUGUACAAAGCAAUGAGCAUUACGUAAUACAGAGAACAAAAAACACACACACUUUAAUAAUUAAGCAAGUGAAAUCGUUGGACAACAACAUUGAUGUGAAAUUUGUGGCUAAUAGUGCUGAAAGCAGGGCUAAAUUAAGAGUGAAAGCUUUGCCAGUGGCACCAGUGAAUUUCAGGAAUAAAUCAGCAGAAAAGGAAAUUGUUUCUGUGUCACUGAAUGGUACAGCUCAAUUUGUUGCUGAGGUUUCUGAUAGAACUGCAAAAGUAACCUGGACAAAAGAUGGCAAGGAGAUCAAGUCAAGUAAGAAGUAUGUAUUUCAAACUUUGGAUCACCGCCGCAUCUUGAAGAUCAACAGUGUAACUUUAGAAGAUGCUGGGAUUUACGAAUGUGUUUGUGAUGGGAAUAAAAUGUCAUUUCAUCUCCAUGUUAAAGAUGUGGGUGUCAAGUUCAUAAAUAAGCCAAAAUCUCCACCAGAAGUGAUAGCAGUAGCCUCAGAAAGUUUGGAACUGUCUUGUGAAGUAUCACCAGCUAAUUCUGUGGUCACAUGGAAAAAGGAUCAAAAAGAGGUUAAACAGGACCAGAGGAUAACCAUCAUCUCUCAGGGAACACAACGCAAACUUGUCAUCAGAAAAGUGCAGCAAAGUGACCAAGGAAAUUAUACCUGCAUGUCUAAUGAUGACAACCUAACAUUCCAAGUUAAGAUCAAAGAAUCAGCUGCAACUAUCGUGAAUAAAUCUACAACUCAAACAGAGCAGACAGCAAAUGUGGGAGAAAAGGUAGUCCUUGUUUGUAAUGUAUCUCAGUCUACUGUCGAAGGGAAAUGGUACAAAAAAGGACAGGAAAUAAAGCUGAGCAAAGCAGUAAGUGUUGAAUCAGAAGGUACAACGCGAAGAUUGGUUCUUCACAAUGUCAAACCUGGAGAAUCUGGUGAAUAUGUCUUUAAAACCAAAGAGGAUGAAAUUGCUAUGAAUGUUACACUUAAAGAACCAGAAACUGGAUUUGUGAACAAAAAUUCAGUUCAGAAGGAAGUGAAAGUUCGACAAUCAGAAAAUGUUACUCUUAGCUGUGAAGUGUCACACCCCAAAACUGAAGUCCAAUGGUUCAGAGAUGGAAAACUACUCAGUAAGAGUGGAAAGGUGAAACUCGAAUCUGAUGCUAAAAUUCGAAAGCUUACUAUUCAGAAUGUGGAGUCAAAAGAUUGCGGUGGAUACAUUUGUGAGGCAGCUGGAGAGAAACUGACCUUCAAUAUUCAGGUUACAGAACUUGAACCAGAACCAGUGUUCGCCAAUAAAGAAUCAGUUCCGAGAGAGGUAAAGGUUCGAACAUCGGAAAAUGCUAUUCUCAGCUGUGAAGUAUCACAUCUCAAAACUGAGGUCAAAUGGUCCAAAAGUGGAAAAAUUCUCAGUUCAGGUCAGAAAGUUAAAGUCGAAUCUGAUGGUAGAAUACGAAGACUUAUUAUUCAGAAUGCAAAAUUAGUGGAUGGAGGCAAUUAUGUCUGCGAAGCAGCUGGAGAGAAAUUGACAUUCUGCGUUCAGGUUACAGAACCAGAAACUGGAUUUGUCAAUAAGGGUUCAGUUCAGAAGGAAGUGAAAGUUCGACGAUCAGAGAAUGCUACUCUCAGUUGUGAAGUGUCACGGUCCAAAACUGAUGUCAAGUGGAUUAGAGAUGGAAAACGACUCACUAGCAGUAAAAAGAUUAAUCUUGAGUCUGAUGGUAAUAUUCGAAAACUGAUCAUUCAGAAUGUGGAAUUAAAAGAUUUAGGUGAAUACAUUUGUGAAGCAGCUGGCGAGAGAUUGACCUUCAACGUUCAGAUUUCAGAACCAGUACCAGUAUUUGCCAAUAAAGAAGCUGUUCAGAGGGAGGUAAAAGUUCGAGUAUCGGAGAAUGCUGUUCUCAGCUGUGAAGUAUCGGAUUUCAAAACUGGAGUGAAAUGGUCCAAAAGUGGAAAGUCUCUCAGUUCUAGUCAGAAGCUUAAACUUGAAUCUGAUGAUAGAAUACGAAGACUCAUCAUUCUGAAUGCAGAGCUAAAGGAUGGUGGCAGUUACGCAUGUGAAGCAGCUGGAGAGAAAUUGACUUUUCAUGUUGAGGUUACAGAAUUGGAAUCAGGAUUUGCUAAUAAAGAUGCCGUUCAGAAGGUUGUGAAAGUUCAAAAGUCAGAGAAUGCAAGUCUUAGCUGUGAAGUGUCAGAUUCCAAAACUGAAGUCAGAUGGUUUAGAAAUGGAAAACUUCUCAGUUCGAGUAAAAAAUGGAAAAUUGAAUCCCAUGGCAAAAUUUGCAAGCUUAUCAUUGAGAAUGUGGAGCUAAAAGAUGGAGGUGAAUACGUAUGUGAAGCAGCUAAAGAAAAAUUGACCUUUGCCAUUCAGGUUACAGAGUUACCCAUCUUGUUUACAAAGAAGCUUGAAAAUGUAAAUGCGCUGUGCAGUAAAACAGUUGAGCUUAUAUGUGAAUUAAAUCAAGCAAAGGGUGACGUCUUAUGGCGGCAUAAUGGAACAGAAAUCAAACCAAGCCGAAGGCUAAAAAUACGAGCGGAUGGACAGAAACGAUGCUUGACCAUCUGUGAAGUAACUGCUGAGGAUGAGGGAGAAUAUCAGUGUGAAUCAAAGGAUGAUGUUACAACUGCUAAGUUGACUACUAAGGUUCCAAAGAUUAUUAAGUUUAAAAGUGAGCUUCAAAGUGUCGUGGCUGUGGAAGGAGAGGAUGCCACCUUUAAAUGCAGUGUCUCUCAUGAAGAUGCUGCAAUUACUUGGUAUAAGAACGGAGUCAAAAUUAGUCCAAAUGAGAAGUAUGUCAUAUCCUGCGAAAGAACCAAUCAUAGUUUGACCAUUAGACACCUGACACUAAUGGAUGCGUGUGAAAUUUCUGCACAAGUUGAAGAUAUGAGAAUAACUGCCAAUCUUCAAGUUCAAGAAGCUCCAGCAUUAUUUAAAAAGAAAUUGGAGAACAUGACCGUUGAAGAAAAAAAGACAGCCAUUUUUGAAAUUGAGCUCUCAAAACCUUGUGGUGAAGUUAAAUGGAUGAAAAAUAACAUCAUUGUUCAGAGUGAUGGAAGAAUAGAUAUUAAGGUGGAUGGGAACAAACAGAUUCUUACCAUUAAAAAUGUGAGCUUUACGGACCGUGGGAAUUACUCAUGUGAAACACUUCAUGAAAAGACGAAAGCAAAGUUAAAUGUUGAAAUGAGGAAAGUUAAACUGAUCAAAGGAUUGGAGGAUGUCAAGGUGCAUGAGAAAGAAACUUGCACUUUUGAAGUUGAGUUAUCCCAUGAAGAUGUGGAAACGACCUGGCUGAAGGAUAGUAUCAGAAUGAAACCAGGAGCCAACUGCAGAAUUAGCACACUGGGCAAGAAGCAUGCACUGACUUUAUCCAAUUUGAAGAUUGAGGAUUCAGGGCUGAUUAGUUUCAAAGUUGAAGACAUACGUACAUCUGGAAGACUCACUGUAACAGAGCCGCCGGUGACUUUGGUCAAAUCUUUAGAAGAUAUUAAAGUGCCGGAGAAAGAUAAAGUUGUUUUUGAAUGUGAACUCUCAAGAGCCAAUGCAGAAGUUAAAUGGUUUAAGGAUGAUGUAGAGAUUAAGCCAGGGAAAGGAUAUAGCAUGACGUCUAAAGGACGGCAAAGGAGCCUUAUCAUUCACCAUUGUGGAAAUGAACACCAAGGGCAAUAUACAUGUGAUGCAGUGGAUUGCAAGUCAACAGCCAUCCUUACAGUACAUGCUCGUGACAUCAAGAUAGUAAGGCCGUUGGAAGACCUUGAAGUUAUUGAACAGGAGAGUGCUGCCUUCUUAUGUGAAAUUUCACAUGAUGAAGUGGAUUUUCAAUGGUUUAAGAACGGUGUAAAAAUCAGGGCUGGUGACAAUGUAAAAAUUCGUCAGGAAGGAAGGACCCAUAUUCUGCUAUUUAAAUCUGUAAAAACUGUAGAUGCUGCUGAGAUCAAGUUUGUUGCUGAAAGUGCGACUUCCACAGCUUUCCUACGGGUUAAAGAAUUGCCAGUUAAAAUUGUGAAACCCUUAAAAGAGAAGAUUGGCAUUGAAAAACAUCGUGUCAUUUUUGAAUGCAAGGUUUCUAGGCUAAAUGCUGUUGUUAAAUGGUAUCACAAAGGCAAAGGGAUUCAUCCAAGUAAAAAAUAUGAGAUUGUGAGUGAAGAUGUGUACAGAAAGCUCAUAAUUAAUAAUGUUGCUUUUGAAGAUGAAGGCAGUUACAUAUGUGAUGCAAAUGAUGACAAAACCACAGCAAUGCUAUAUGUUGAAGAGCAAUCAAUUGCCAUUGUUAAGCAGCUACAUGAUGUGGAAGUCACAGAGCCAAAUGAUGCAAGUUUUCAAUGUGAGCUUUCAAUUGCUGAUGUGAAGCCUCCAAAAUGGAUACUGAAUGGUGAACUUCUUCAUGUUUCUGAAGAUGUGGAAAUUGAGCAUUCUGGCACUAUCCAUUGUCUGACUCUGAAAAGAACAAGUUGUAAGAUGACUGGCUUGCUGCAGUUUAUUGCAGGGAAAUCAAAAUCUGAGGCGAGGCUGACUAUUAAAGAGCCUCCAACAUUGGUAGUUAGAGAAUUACAGAAUAUUACAGUGGAAGAGAGGCUCUCUGCUACUUUGAGUUGUGAGUUUACACCUACUCCCAAGAUGGUGAAAUGGUACAAAGACCAGAGCUUAAUCAAAUCAUCUGACCGGUACAAAUUUAAUCAAAACAAGAAUGUGACAGAACUCACCAUUUCAAACCUCAGACCUGAAGACUCUGGUGAAUAUAGCUGCAAAUCAAGUAAUGCACAGACCACAGCAACACUCACAGUUGAAGCUUUGAAAAUAGAAAUAAUAAAACAUUUGGAAGACAUAGAUACUGAGGAAGACAGCAAUCUAGUGUAUUCAUGUGAGUUAUCUCAUGAUGUUGAAGAAGUUGAGUGGUAUCUAAAUGAUACUCUCUUACAUUCAAAUGAUUUCAAUGAAAUAAAGAGAAAAGGAAAGAGACACACGUUAAUUCUGAAAGGUGUAACACCAGAUGACACAGGAACAGUUAUGUUCAAAGUGAGAGAUCUGACAGAUAAAGCACAGCUGAAUGUUCGAGAAAAGCCAAUAGUCUUCAUGAAAUCCUUGGAUGACAUUAUUGGAGAAGAGAGAGGAAUGAUCACCUUGGAAUGUGAAGUAUCAAAGCCCAAAGUCAAUCCUAUUUGGAAAAAGGAUGAUGUGAUUCUUGGUUCAAGUGACAAAUAUGAAUUACUGCAUGCUGGAAAAACACUUUGUCUUGUAGUACAUGACCUGAGUAAAAGUGACGCUGGAUUGUAUACUUGUGACAUAGGCACCGACAGAUCAAGUGCUAAAGUUGCCAUCCAAGACUUGAACAUUGGAAUCACGAAGCGGCUAAAGAGCACUGAGAUUAAAGAAGGUGAAAAUGGAUCUUUUGAAUGCAUACUUUCUCAUGAAAGCAUUGAUGAGUAUUACUGGACGGUAAAUGGACUAUUAGUAGAAGGCAAUGAAAGAUUUGAGACAUUUAAUAUUGGUCGAAAAUACAUCCUUAAUAUUAAGGAGACAGCUCUUUCAGAUGCUGGGGAAGUAAUUUUCCACGUGCGAAAUCUCAGUUCAAAAGCUUCAUUAAUAGUAAAAGAAAAACCAACAGAAAUUACAAAGCAACUUAAGAACUUGGUAGUGAUAGCAGGUGAAGAGAUUGUAUUGAGCUGUGAAACCUCUAAGCCUGAUUCUUCAGUGAAGUGGUUUAAGGAUGGCAAAAGAAUUAGAAAGAGUCAUACAUAUGAAAUAUCUCAGCAAGGAAUUGUAAACAAAUUGAUAAUUCAUCAAGUAAUUAUGAAGGAUUCUGGAGAGUAUGCAUGUGAAACAGAGACUUCUAAAACCAAAGCUACUGUCACUGUAAAUGAGAUGGCAAACCGAUUUACCAAAGAGUUACAUGACAUAAAAACUGAAGAAAAAGGAACUGCUGUUUUUGAAUGUGAAACGGAACAGCCAGCACAAAAGGUUAUCUGGAGAAAGGGAAUGGCAGAAAUCAAACCAAAUAAAAAAUAUGAAUUGAACCAGGAUGGCAAUUUACUAAGCCUUACAAUUAAUCAUCUCGAGAAGAUUGACUGUGACCACUACACUUGUGACAUUGGUAAUGCACAAUCAAGAGCUCACCUGACAGUUACAGGUCAAAAAAUUCAAAUAAUUGGAGACCUUGAAGAUGUCGAAGCCCUUGAAGGUGAAUCAGCAACAUUUAAAUGCAAAAUAUCACCAACGGAUUAUAGCAACGUUCAGUGGUUCCUGGAUAAAACACCUCUACAUGCCAAUGAUGUGAACGAAAUUAAAACACAAGAGGAUGGCUAUCACAUUUUAACAGUUAAAAAACUUUCAGUGAAAGAUUCUGGUAAUAUAACUUUUGAAGCUGGAGAUAAGAAAACUUCUGCUGCACUAACAGUGAAAGCCCUGCCUGCGACCUUCAAGCAAAAGCUUAAAGAUGAAGAAGCUCAAGAGGGUGAUACUGCCAUCCUGCAUUGUGAAAUUAGCAGAUCGGAUACAGCAGUACAAUGGACAAAAGGAUCCACUCUACUUCAGCCUAGCGCCAAAUAUGAAAUGAAACAGAAAGAAUCCAUUGUUGAGCUGGUUAUUCACAAACUUAAACCAGAAGAUAGUGGAAGAUACUCUUGCGACAUUGGAGACCAGCAAACCAGUGCUUCCUUGAAAGUUAAUGCCCUUCCGGUACUUUUCAAACAAGUUCUUCAGAACAAAGAAGCUGAUGAAGGUAGCACCACCACUCUACGCUGUGAGCUUACUAAGCCUAAUACUCCUGUAGAGUGGAGAAAGGGGACAAUGGUGCUUCAUCCCAGUGACAAGUAUGAAAUAAAACAAAUGGGUUCUAUUACUGAACUGUCAAUCUGCAAUCUGAAACAAGGAGAUGCUGGAGAAUAUGUGUGUGAUUCGGGUGACCAACAGACCACAGCUUCGCUUAAAGUGAAAGUGCUUCCAGUGCUUUUCAAGAAGAAGCUUCAGAAUAAAGAACAUAAAGAAGGGAGUGUCGCCACAUUGCAAUGUGAGCUGACAAAACCUGAUGCCCCUGUAAAAUGGAAAAAGGGAUCCAUGUUACUCGAUGCUAAUGAUAAAUACAAAAUAAAGCAAAAAGGUUCUAAUAUUGAGCUGAUUAUUCAUGACUUAAAACUUGAAGAUGCUGGAGAAUAUACCUGUGACUCUGGGGAAGAACAGACAACUGCUUUGUUAAAAGUAAAAGCCCUGCCUGUGCACUUCAAAAAAGAGCUUCAGAAUAUGGAAGUUCAGGAGGGAGACAAUGCCUCACUUUGCUGUGAACUCUCUAAGGCAGAUGCCUCAGUGAAAUGGAGAAAAGGAUCUAUUUUACUUCAUCCAAGUGACAAACAUGAAAUGAAGCAAAAUGGUACCAGUGUUGAAUUGCUUAUUCAUAAUUUGAAACUAGAUGACUCAGGAGAGUAUACUUGUGAUUCUGGUGACAAGAAGACAAAGAGCUGCUUAAAAGUGAAAGCCUUGCCUAUACUCUUCAAACAAGGGCUUCAGAGUAAAGAAGCUGAAGAAGAUAGUUCGGUCUCGCUGUGUUGUGAGGUUACUAAACGUGAUGUUCCCGUCCAGUGGAAAAAAGGUUCUUCAGUACUUCAUUCAAGUAACAAGUAUGAAAUGAAACAAAACGGUUCCCUGACUGAACUCAUUAUCCAUAACCUAAAACUAGAAGAUGCUGGAGAAUAUAUCUGUGAUUCAGGGUUUCAACAGACCUCAGCCACCUUAAAAGUAAAGGCCUUGCCUGUACUUUUCAAAAAAAAGUUUCAUGAUCAGGAAAUUGAAGAAGACAGUUCUACCAGUUUGAAAUGUGAAAUUACCAAACCUAAUGCAGCAGUGAAAUGGAGAAAGGCAUCAGUACUCCUUCAGCCAAGUGACAAGUAUGAAAUGAAACAAAAAGGCUGUUACGUUGAGUUACUUAUUCACAAUGUAAAAUUAGAAGAUGCUGGAGAAUAUACCUGUGAUUCUGGAGAUGAACAAAUUACUGCCUCCUUAAAAGUGAAAGUGCUUGCUGUACUUUUCAAACAAGAACUUGAGAACCAGGAGGCUGAAGAAAAUAGUACUGCCAUUUUCAGCUGUGUCAUAACAAAACCAGAUGCCCCUGUGAAAUGGAGAAAAGAAUCUGUGGUACUUCAUCCCAGUGAAAAGCAUGAAAUGAAGCAAAAAGGUUCCUGUGUUGAGUUACUUAUUCACAGCCUAAGUGUUCAAGAUGCUGGAAACUAUACAUGCGAUACAGGGGAUCAACAGACUAUGGCGAUUCUAAAAGUAAAGGUCCUUCCUGUGUAUUUCAAACAAGAGCUUCGGAGCCUGGAAGCUGAAGAAGAUAGUACUGCCAUUCUGAACUGUGAGAUUACAAAACCUGAUGCCCCAGUGGAAUGGAGGAAAGAAUCUGUGGUACUUCAAUCCAGUAAGAAGCAUGAAAUGAAGCAAAAAGGUUCCUAUGUUGAAUUACUUAUUCAUAACCUAAAACCUGAAGAUGCUGGAAAAUAUACAUGCGACACAGGAGAUCAACAGUCGGUCGCAAUCUUAAAAGUAAAGGCACUUCCUGUACUUUUUAAAGAAAGACUUAAGAAUCAGGAAACUGAAGAGGAUAGUACUGCUACUCUGAACUGUGAGAUUACAAAACCGAAUGCCCCAGUGGAAUGGAGAAAAGGAUCUGUGCUACUUCAUCCCUGUGAGAAGUAUGAAAUGAAGCAAAAUGAUUCCUGUGUUGAGUUACUUAUUCAUAACCUAAAAGCUGAAGAUGCUGGACAAUACAUAUGCGAUACAGGAGAUCAACAGACUAUGGCGAUUCUAAAAGUAAAGGCCCUUCCUGUGCUUUUCAAACAAGAACUUCAGAAUAAGGAAGCUGAAGAGGGCAGUAUGGCCAUUCUACAUUGUGAGAUUUCAAAACCGGAUGCUCCAGUAGAAUGGAGGAAAGGAUCUGUGGUACUACAACCCAGUGAGAAGCAUGAAAUGAAGCAAAUGGGUUCAUCUGUUGAAUUGUUUAUUCACAACUUAAAAGUUGAAGAUGCUGGAAAAUAUACAUGUGAUUCAGGGGAUCAAAAGACAACUGCAUCUUUAAAUGUGAAGGUUCUACCUGUGCUUUUCAAAGAAGAGCUUAAGAGUGUGAAUGCUGAAGAGGGUAGUACAGCUUCUCUUCAUUGUCUGGUCAGUAAACCCGAUGCUCCAGUGAAGUGGAGGAAGGAAUCUCUACUACUUCACCCAAAUGAAAAAUAUGAAAUGAACCAAAAGGGUCCAUAUGUUGAGCUGCUAAUUCACAGCCUAAAAGAAGAAGAUACUGGAGAAUAUACAUGUGAUACAGGGGUUCAGCAGACCACAGCCUGCUUAAAAGUGAAGGUUGCUCCUAUACUUUUCAAACAAGAGCUUCAGAAUGAAGAAGCUGAAGAGGGAAGUACUGCCAUACUACACUGUGAGGUUACUAAACCUAAUGCCUCAGUGAAAUGGAGGAAAGGAUCCACGAUAAUUCAUCAAAGUGAGAAGUAUGAAUUAAGACAAACAGGUUCUUGCCUUGAGUUACUUAUUCAUAACCUAAAGCUAGAAGAUUCUGGUGAAUAUACUUGUGAUUCUGGCGAUCAACUGACCACAGCCUCCUUAAAAGUGAAUGUGCUGCCUGCGUUUUUUAAACAAGAGCUUCAGAAUGAAGAAGCUGAAGAGGGUGGCACUGCCACUUUACGUUGUGAAAUUGCGAAAUGUGAUGCUCCAGUAAAAUGGAGAAAGGGAUCACUGGUUCUUCAUGAAAGUGACAAGUAUGAAAUGAAACAAGAAGGUUCCAUCUGUGAUUUGCUCAUUCACAGUCUAAAACCAGAAGAUGGUGGAGAUUAUACAUGUUAUUCUGGAGAUCAACACACCACUGCCUCUUUAAGAGUAAAGGCGAUGCCUGUGCUUUUCAAAAAAGGACUUCAGAAUGUUGAAGCAGAAGAGGAUAGUACUGCUACUCUACACUGUGAAGUUACGAAACCUAAUGCCUUAGUUAAAUGGAGGAAAGGAUCAGUAGUAAUUCAAUCCAGUGACAAGUACAAACUAAAGCAAGAAGAUUCAAGUAUUAAGCUGCUUAUUCAAAAACUGAAGCUAGAAGAUGCUGGUGAAUAUACCUGUGACUCUGGAGAUCAUCAGACCACUGCAUCAUUAACAGUAAAAGCUCUGCCUGCACUUUUCAAACAAGAGCUGCAGAACACAGAAGCUGAAGAGAAUAGUUCUGUCAUUCUGUGCUGUGAGAUCACUAAACCUGAUGUCCCAGUUGAAUGGAGGAAGGGAUCUACAGUACUUCAUCCAAGUGACAAGUAUGCCAUGAUGAAACAAGGUUCCUCCAUUGAACUCCUUAUUCGCAAUAUAAGUCCUGAUGAUGGAGGAGAGUAUACCUGUGAUUCUGGAGAUCAGCAGACUACAGCCUCUUUGAAAGUCAAGGUUCUCCCUGUGGUUUUCAAGCAAGAACUUAAGAACACGGAAGCUGAUGAGGGUGAUAUGGCCACUUUGUUCUGCGAGAUUACCAAACCUGAUGCUCCAGUGGAAUGGAAGAAAGGCAUUGUGGUACUCCAGUCAGGUGAUAAGUAUAAAAUGAAGCAAGAAGGUUGCUGCAUUCAAUUGUCUGUAUACAAUCUAAAACCAGAAGAUCAAGGAGAAUAUACCUGUGAUUCCGGGGAUCAGAAGACUACUGCAUUUCUAAAAGUGAAUGUCUUGCCGGUGCUUUUCAAACAAGUGCUUCAGAAUGUGGAGGCAGAAGAAGGUGGCAUAGCUAAGUUUCACUGUGAAAUUACUAAACCUGAUGCUGCAGUAGAAUGGCGGAAAGGAUCUGUAGUGCUCUUGCCAUGUGGAAAAUAUGAAAUGAAGAAUUGGGGCCCCAUUGUAGAAUUGUUCAUUCAUGAUGUGGAACCAGAAGAUGCUGGUGAAUACACAUGUGAUUCAGGCGAAAGACAAACCACUGCUUCUCUAAAUGUGAAAGCCUUACCUGUGCUGUUCAGACAAGAACUGCAAAAUGAAGAAGCAGAAGAAGGUAAUGUUGUCACACUGCAUUGCGAGCUUACUAAGCCUGGUGCUCCAGUAGAAUGGAGAAAGGGGUCUCUAAUGCUACAUCCUAGCAACAAAUAUGAAAUGAAACAAGAUGGUGCCAUUGUUCAACUAUCAAUUCACAAUGUGAAUGUGGAAGAUACCGGUCAAUAUACCUGUGAUUCUGGGGACCAACAGACUACUGGCUACUUGAAAGUUAAUGCUGCGCCUGUAAUAUUGCAAAAAGAACUACAGAACAUAGAAGUGAAGGAGUAUGACACAGGCACCUUAUUCUGUGAAUUAUCAAAACCUAAUGUGCCGGUUACCUGGAGGAAAGGAACAUUGUUGAUCUUUCCAAAUGAGAAGUAUGAAAUGAAACAGGAUGGUCUUGUACAAAUUUUACAGAUUCAUGACAUGAAAUCAGAAGAUGGAGGAGAGUAUUCUUGUUCAUUUGAGGAUCAGCGAACUACAGCUUUUGUAGCUGUGAAAGUUUUGCCUGCACUUUUCAAGCGAUGGCUUCAGAAUGUCGAAGUGGAAGAAGGCCACACUGCCACAUUGCAGUGUGAACUUACUAAAUCUGAUGCCUCAGUAGAAUGGAGAAAGGGAUCUGUGGUGCUUCAACCAAAUGACAAAUAUGAAAUGAAAUAUGAAGGUUUCAUUGUUGAGUUGUUAAUUCAUAAUCUAAAGGUGGAAGAUGCUGGAGAAUAUACAUGUGAUUCUGGUGAUCAACAGACCACUGCUGCCUUAACUGUGACAGAGCCAGAUGUAACAAUUGUUGAUGGUUUGAAAAACGUGGAAGUAGUCGAAGGUGGGGAAGUUUUGUUUGAAUGUAAAGUCUCUCAUGAGAACACACGAGGUGUUCAAUGGGUUCUAGGAGGAAUUGAACUGCAGAAUAAUGAAAUGAAUGAAAUUUCGAUCAAGAGUGGCAAUAUUCACACAUUGAUGUUGAGGCAAGUCACACAGGAUGACUCUGGAGCUGUGACCUUCAAAGUUGGAAAGCACACAUCUUCAGCACAGCUUACUGUCAAAGCUACUCCAGCAACUUUUACUCAACUGCUUCAAAACAUGGUAGUGGAUGAGGUUGAAUCAGUAACUUUAACGUGUGUACUCUCACAAGCCAAUAUUCCAGUUGUGUGGAAGAAAGGACUAACAACAAUUUCUCAAAGUGAGAAAUAUGAAAUCAAACAGGAAGGUUGUGUACACAUUUUAUGUGUACAUGACGUAAAAUCUGAUGAUUCAGGUGAAUAUACCUGUGUUUCUGGGGACCAACAAACCACAGCUUCCUUAACAGUCCCCCGCUUACCUUUACACAAGAGCUUGAAAACAUGGAAGCAAUGGAAAAUGGCACGACAACCCUACUUUGUAAACUAUCACAACCUAACGUUCCAGUUACAUGGAAGAUGGGCUCACGUGCAAUUUCUCCAAGUGAAAACUGCACCUGUGUAUUUUAUAAAGAAACUGCAAAGCCAGGAAGCCGAUGAAGGUAGUAUGAUAACGCUUCACUGUGAACUUAAUAAGGCUGACGCACCAGUGAUAUGGAGAAAAGGAUCCGAAAAACUUAAUCAUGGUGACAAGUAUGAUCUGAUUCAAAAAGGCUGUGCUGUUGAAUUGCUGAUCCACAAUGUGAAGAAAGCGGAUGGUGGAGUAUAUAUUUGUGAUUCUGGUGAUGACCAAACAACAGCUACCCUCACAAUCAAAGAACAUAUAAAAAUUAUUCGUGGACUUGAAGACACUAGUGUAUUUGCUCAAAACACAGUGAAAUUUCUGUGUGAGGUGUCUCAUGAAGAUGCUGCAAAUGCUCAGUGGUGGCUGAAUGGAACAUUAGUUCAGAGUAAUGAACUCCAUGAAGUUGAAUCUACUAAUAAGAUACACACAUUGACAAUGAAAAACCUCUCACCAGAUGACUCGGGAACUGUUGUAUUCAAGAUCGGUUGUGAACGUUCAACAGCUAAGUUGAUGGUGCAAGAAAAACCUAAAGUUCUUUUCAGACAAAACCUCCAGGACCUAAAAGCACAGGAAGAAGGUACAACAAUUCUUCAUUGUGAACUUUCUGAAGAUGGAAUGGCUGUAACAUGGAAGAAAGGCUCAGAAUCUAUUAAAUCUAGUAGCAAAUAUGAAGUGAGGCAAAAUGGUCCUGUGGCUGAGUUGGUUAUUUCUGACUUAACCCUAGAGGAUGCUGGAGAAUAUACCUGUGAAUCUGGAGAUCAACAAACCACUGCUUCCCUAAUUGUGGAGGCUGUACCUGCCUAUUUCAAAAAAGGGCUUCAGGAUGAGGAAACUGUGGAAGGUCACACAGUCACACUGCGUUGUGAACUUUCAAAGCCUGAUGUUCUUGUGGAAUGGAGAAAGAGACUUGCAGUGCUUCAACCAAGUGACAAGUAUGAAAUGAAGCAAAAUGGUGCUGUAGUAGAAUUGCUAAUCCACAAUGUGAAACGAGGAGAUGCUGGCAAAUACACUUGUUAUUGUGGGAAUCUACAAACAACAGCUUUCUUAACUGUUAAAGAGCACGAUAUUAAAAUAGUUUCUGAUUUAAAGAAUACUGAUGUCUUUGCUGGUGAGUCAGCCACAUUUAGUUGCGAACUUUCGCAGAAGGAUGUGGAAAAUGUGCAGUGGUGGUUGGAUGGUUCACCCCUACAGAAUAAUGAUCUGAAUGAGAUAUCUAUUCAAGAUGGAAAUAUCCAUACAUUAACGUUACAGAGCCUGGGAACCGAUGACUCCGGAACAGUGACAUUUAAGGCUGGGUCACUUAUUUCUUCAGCAAAAUUAUUAGUUAAAGAUCCAACGGUUGAGGUAGUAAGCGAAAUGGAAGAUAUUAUUAGAGAGGAACAUGGUACAGCAGAGUUUAUCUGUCAGUACUCCAGACCAGUCAAGGCUGUGUGGAGAAGAAAUGACAAAGAGGUUCAGGCUGAUGGUCAUCGCGUGAUUAUUGACCAGGACUGGAAUGUAGCAAAACUGAAAAUCUGUGAUGUCACCCCAACGGAUAGUGGGACGUAUACUUGUGAAGCAGCUGGAACAAAAGUUGCUGCAGUACUCAGUGUUCCAGCAAAGCAACCUGAUAUUCUCAAAGGGCUGGAAAAUGUAGACACAUCAGAGGGUGGUGAGGCUUUGUUUGAAUGCCACUUAUCAAGACCAGAAUUACAUGAUUACAAGUGGCUAAUGGAUGACAUUGCCAUUUCACAGUCGGAAAAUGUAGAAAUGGCAAUCCUCGAAGCUGGGAAACGGCAUUUGUUGCUAUUGAAGAACUUGAUUCCUUCAGACAGCUGUCGUGUGACCUUUGUAUCUGGAAAUGCCAUGUCAUCAGCCUAUCUGACUGUUAAAGGAUGGCAUGUCAACAUUUUGAAGACUUUAACCAAUACUGAAGUGAUUCAAGGCAAUGAGGCUGAAUUUGAAUGCAUAUUGAGUGAAGUGGUCCCUGGUACUGAAGUGAUCUGGUAUCUAAAUGAAACGGAUAUCCAGUCAGAUGAACAUUGGAAACCAAAGGCAGAAAGCAACACAUACAAACUUGCCCUAAAAAAUGCCCAAUUAAAUCAUUCUGGAGAAAUAACUUUUGCUUCAAGAGAUGCCAUUACAUCAGCAAAGUUAACUGUUAUUGGCCUUCCUGACCCGCCUGAAGAUCCAGAGGUCGUUAGAAAAAGCCACCAGUCUGUCACCUUGUCUUGGUUCACACCAUUGAGCGACGGUGGUAGUGCUAUACUAGGGUACUUUGUUGAAAUGAAACCAACUGACAGCGACUGCUGGUUGCCGUGUAACACAAAAGCGAUUGACGAGACGGAGUUCAUUGUUGAUAAUCUAAUACCAGGCACUGGUUACAGAUUCCGUGUUUCAGCUCUGAAUAGGGCAGGUGCUGGAGAACCCGUUCAUUUACCACAGAUGGUUCUGCUGGAGGUUCCCGUCACUGUUAUCAUUCCUCUCUCUAAUGUUACUAUAAAUAAUGGAGAGUCUGGCAAACUGGAAUGUGAAUUUUCAACUGAAUGCGUGAAUGUUAAAUGGCUAAAGAACGAUCAGCAAAUUGAGUCAAGCAGCAAGUAUGAGAUCAUUUGUGAUAGAAAGAAACACUGUUUGACUAUUCACAAGUGCAGUGUUGAAGAUGAAGGGAAAUACACUUGCAUGCUGUCCUCAGACAUUAAAACAUCUGCUGAAGUUUGUAUAGAUGCUGUGAUGCAACCCAUCCCAACCCAAGAUUUGGAAGUUCCACAGGAGCCAGACCAAGUUACAGUGGAACUAAUAGAUGGGGAAGAGGUUCCUCCGAAACCAAGCUUGCCACCUGAGGCAGCACAAGAAGGCGAUUUGCAUCUUCUCUGGGAAGCCUUAGCUAAGAAACGAAGAAUGAGUCGAGAGCCAACACUUGAUUCCAUUAGUGAAGUACCAGAAGAAGAUGACAAAGCUCAGAAGCACCGGCUACAAAAAGCUAUGGAAUUGGAAGAUUUAUCUACAGAUGAAAUGUCCAGAACAUGUGAUUCUUACACAAGUUCUGAUGAUGAGUCAAGAUCUGGUACUCCAUCCCUUGUUCAUUAUCUGAAAAAGGCAGGAAAGUCCACUGUAACGGUAGCUGGAAAAGUACAAACUAUAUCCACAAACAAGUUUUGGAAACACUGGGAGACUUCAAACACUGAAGUUGACCAAUUACAAGAUGUAAAUGAAGACCCAUCUCUCGUUGAAGCUGCUACAAAAAUCCAGGCUGCAUUUAAAGGCUAUAAAACUAGGAAGGAACUUAAACAGCAAGUCACCCCUGUGUUUACUGAAGUUUUUAAGUCUCAGAUAAGUAAGUUUGGACAAACUGUCCAUCUUGAGUGUGUAACCCAGAGUAACUCUGAAAUCAAGGUACAGUGGCUCAAAGAUGGAGAAGAAAUUGUUGAUGGAAGGCAUUAUCACAUUGAUAAUUACAGUGAUGGAACUUGCUCCUUAAUUAUAACAGGUGUGGAACAAAAUGACACUGGAACAUAUACUUGUGAGGUCUCUAACAAGUUUGGUGCAACUUCUCAUAGUGGAAAAGUUACUAUCGCAAGUGAUGUAAAGGAAACAGUUAAGAAGGUCAAAGAGGGUAUUGGUAUAAAGUACAGCACUGACAGUGAACCGGAAAGUUCUUCAGGAAGUGAGGUUGAUGAUGCUUUCCGUAGAGCAGGCAAACGACUCCAUAGACUUCUGCAUUCAAAACUGUCUUUUGAAAUUUCUGAUGUGGAAGAAGAAUUUUUCUUUAGUGCUGAUGAAGGGGAUGAAGAUAUUUUGGACAAACAAACUUACCAUGAAGAUGAAAAUUACAUUUAUAUAAAGUUUGAUUCAUUGACUGAGGCUGAAAUAGCAGCAACCAGAUUUAGGGAAAUAUUUAUUGGUCAAGGAAUUCCUGUUCACAUUGAUAUCUGCGAAGAAGGAAGCAGAGUUGAAAUUCGGAUUAAGAAAGUAUCUCGGCCCACUGCAGCAUCGAUUGACGAUCGGACCAAUAUAGAAGAGGGGGUACAUGCUAUUGUUGUUGAGUCAGCCCCCCAUGUUAUCUCUGAGCUCCAGAACCAAGAUGUUCAAGAAGGCUAUCCUGUCAGUUUUGAUUGUAUGGUAGCUGGAUAUCCACCUCCAGCUGUUCGAUGGUUUAAAGAUGGAAAGCUGAUUGAGGAGAAUGAUCACUACAUGAUUAACGAAGAUCAAGAUGGAUGCCAUCAACUUAUUUUAACAUCAGUGAAUCUGAGUGAUAUGGGAGUAUAUAGAUGUGUGGCAGAAAACUACAUUGGCGUUGCUUCAACAAAGGCAGAAUUAAGGGUCGAUGUUAGCAGCUCAGACUAUGAUACAGCAGAAGCCACUGAAACAUCAUCUUAUGUCAGUGCCCAAGCUUCUCUAACCCGGGAGCAGAAUUUGGAAGGUCUAGAAUCACAGGCUGAAGAAGAACAACUGCCUCAGAUCAUAGAGGAGCUUCAUGAUGCCUUUGUUACUAUUGGAGCUCCAAUAGUAAAACUACAAAUUAAAGUUAAAGGUUACCCAAAGCCUCGUGUUUAUUGGUUUAAAAAUGGUAAACCUCUGCGUGCCACAGAUGAAAUUCUGAUGACUGAUAACAAAGGAGAUCAUUCUCUAGAAAUUCUCAAUGUUUCCAAAGAAGCCGGUGGUGAAUAUGCAGCUUAUAUCAGCAAUUCAUCAGGCUCUGCCUAUACAUCUGCCAUUUUAUAUGUUCAAAGCCCAGGAGAAGAGAUUGGGAAGCAUAUACCUGAAGAAAAAUCAGACAAACCAGAGAAGUUGGUUCCACCAAGAUUUCUGGAAAAAUUUACAAGUAAGAAUGUAAAGAAAGGAGCCAGCAUUACCUUAACUGUCCGAGUCAAAGGAUCUCCAAUACCUGAUAUAACAUGGCUUAAAGAGGAGUCAGUGGAAGAUGUUAUCUGGAUUAAAAAAGAUACACCAGGUUAUAAAUUGGCCAGCUCAAAUAUGCAGCACAGUCUGAUCCUGCUGGAUGUUGGGAAGGAGUACACUGGAGUCUAUACCUGUAUUGCUACAAACAAGGCUGGCCAGUCUAUCUGCUCUGCCCACUUGGAUGUUGUUGAUGAAAUCGAAGCUCCACUUGAAGAAACCACAACUAUGAAAGAAGCUAUUAUGCAAACAUUUUUGCAUGGACCACAAGAAAUUGAUCAUAAAGGACCAGAGAAAGAUCAAAGAGAAGUCAUCACAGAAGUCAGCAGAGAAGCUUCUGCAACAACAACCUUACCACAUUUUUCAUUGUCAGAUGUUGGAACAGAAGAAUUCCUGCAGAAAUUAACAUCUCAGAUCACACAAAUGGUCUCUGCAAAGAUCACCCAAGCUUCUCUUCGUGUUCCUGGAGCAGAAAGUGAUGAGGAAGCAAAGACUCCAUCUCCAUCUCCACGUCAUGGUAGAUCCAGGCCUUCUUCUAUUGUCAACGAAUCUUCCUCUGAAUCUGAAGAUGCAGAAACAAGAGGCGAGGUUUUUGACAUUUACGUGGCUACAGCAGACUACAACCCACCACCAUCUGAGAAAGAGUCCAUUCAUCUUAAAGAGCGGCAAUAUGUGGAGGUUCUUGACUCUGCACAUCCACUGAAAUGGCUGGUUAGGACCAAGCCUACCAAAUCAACACCUGCCCGACAAGGUUGGGUAUCACCUGCCUAUCUGGACAAGAGACUAAAGUUCUCAGCUGAAGUUGCAUUGGAAAGCCCUGAAAUCCCUGGUGAGAUUGAAUCAGAAGAGGAAUACAGGAGAAAGUUAUACCUCCUUGUGCAGGAUCUUAUUGCAACUGAAAAAGAGUUUACGAAAAAUUUACAAUUCUUUGUCGACCAUUAUGUCAAACACACCGAAACAAGUGCCCACGUACCACCGUCCCUAGCAAAUAGCAAAGAAACGAUUUUCCGAAAUAUUAAUGAGAUUGCCGAUUUUCACAUCAGCACAUUCCUGAAUGACCUUUUGAAAUGUCAGACGGAUGAUGAUAUUGCUUUGUGCUUCAUCAAGAACAGUGAUGGAUUUGAUAAAUACAUGCAUUACUUAGUUGGACAAGUACAGGCUGAAUCUCAUAUCACUAAUCCAGCUGUCCAAGACUUUUAUAAUAAAUACACAGAUGAAAUAUCAUCAGCACAGGACCCAUCGGAAUCCCCAGUGCCACCUAUUCAUAAUUUCUUAGAGAAGCCUCCCAAUAGACUCUUGAAAUAUCAAAAUUUUCUCAAGGAGCUAAUUCGUAACAAAGCAAGAAACAAUAAAAACUGUGCUUUGUUAGAGGAAGCAUAUGCUGUAGUAUCUGCUCUUCCCAAGCGUGCAGACAAUAGCCUACAUGUUUCAAUGAUUGAAAAUUAUCCGGGCACUUUGGAAUCUCUCGGUGAUCCCAUCAGAAAGGGGCAUUUUAUUGUAUGGGAGGGAGCUCCUGGUGCAAGACUGUCAUGGAAGGGUCACAAACGCAUUGUUUUUCUCUUCAAAAACCAUUUACUGAUCUGCAAACCAAAAAGAGAUAGCAGGACAGACUCACAAUGUUACAUCUUUAAAAAUCUGAUGAAGCUCAGUAAUGUUGAUGUGAAUGACUUUGUGGAAGGCGAUGAACGAUCCUUUGAAAUCUGGCAUGAGCGAGAAGACUCAGUGCGUAAAUACACACUCCAAGCUCGAACUGUGAAUAUAAAGAUUUCAUGGGUAAAAGACAUUACUGGCAUACAGCAGCGCUUUAGUCUACCAGCCUGGAGUCCCCCAGAAUUUAUAGAGAAAUUGGCAGAUUGUAUAGCUGAAAUGGGACAGACAGUGAAAUUGGCGUGCCUGGUUAUCGGAAAUCCAAAACCGGUCAUCACAUGGUAUAAAGAUGGGAAGCUUGUGGAGGUUGACCCACAUCAUAUUAUUAUCGAAGAUGAGGAUGGCUCCUGUACGCUGAUCUUGGACACUCUCACUGCUGCUGACUCAGGACAGUAUAUGUGCUAUGCAGCUAGUGCUGCAGGAAAUGCCAAUACACUUGGGAAGAUUCUUGUACAAGUCCCUCCAAGGUUUGUAAGCCACCUUAGAAACAUCGCAUUUGUAGAGAAUGAAGAUACGCAGUUUGUAUGCACAAUUGAAGCUGCACCAACCCCACAGAUAAGAUGGAGUAAAGAUGGUUCACCAUUAACAAAUAAAACAAAAUACCAGACUUUCUAUGAUCCUCAAUUUGGAGUUGCAGUGCUGGUCAUCAAAAACACAGAAAAGAAUGACCUUGGAGUCUAUGAAUGUGAAGUUACUAACAAGCUGGGUAUAGCCAGAGAUGUUGCAGAGCUGUAUCUUCAGGCUCCUGCUCUGAUUCCAGAAAAGAGAGGAGACCAAGUUGUCAUGAUUGAAGUCACUGAACAAGAGACUAAAGUUCCCAAGAAAACCAUCAUCAUUGAGGAGACUAUAACAACAGUAGUCAAGAGCCCAAAGGUUAAACGGCGCACAUCUUCAAGUAUCUCUCCUGCAAGAUCACCAAGACCACAGGAAACAGUACCAGAAACAUCUUUCUCAGUUCGACCCAAGAGGCCAGCUCCUAAAACUCAGCCUGAAUCCAAAGAAACCCCUCUGAAAAAGCCACCCAUUCCUGCACUUAUGAUAACAGAACCAGAAGAACAAGGUGCAACUGCGAGGCAUGUUUUUGUGGAAACUAAGGUACAAGAACAAAAACCAAGCUGGAUAGAAGUUGAAGAAGUAAUUGAAUUCAAAGUUAAGCAAAGUUCAAAACCUGAGAGGAAGAGAUCAGCUUCCCCUUCUACCCACAGCUUAUCUGAGCAAAGACAGAGGAGACAUAGAUCUUCAAGCCCAAAACCUAAGCAACCUCUGAGGGCUGACCCGAACAUAAACAACUCAAACAAUAAUCUAGUGGAGCAAAUGCGAUCUUCAGUUUCAGAAGAAAAUCUAACUAAUGAAGGUGUUCAGUCUCUUUUCUGCAAUCCUGAGACUACAAUAGAAAUUCAAUCUACCACAUCAGAUGACAUUAAUGCUGACAGUAUAUCAGACCACUUUACUGAUGAUUCUUACAAAGUAUCUGCUCAUGCAGUGGAUGAAUACGAUAUUCAACCAAGCAUAACUGAAGAUCAAUACAAAUCAAAUACUCAACUGCUGGAAGUAGAAACACCACUUGUUGCACAUGUAGGUGAAACAGUAAUGUUAAGUUUUGAAACACCUGAACCCAUGGAUGAUGAACAGCAAUCACUCAGAAAUCUAUCUGAUAUUAAAACAGAACCUACUUUGGCUGUUGUGGAUCUUCCUUUGGAUACGUCUGGUGAUGAAAUGGAGGAAUUCAAGCCAAAACAUGAAGAAGAAAUAGAUAUAGAAGAUGAAUAUGUCAUUAUUGAUGAGCCCCCUGAAUCCGGAAAUGAUGAUCUAGUGAACAGGGACACUAAAAUUUUGACUUAUAAUGGCAAGUUGUUAACUUUGGAAGACCUUGAAGACUACAUUCCUGCCCAAGGAGAAACCUACAAAUCUGAGGAUUCAGUUGACCAAGAUUUUUCAUCAGCCGCAUGUUCCAAUGAGCCAUGCGAAAUUUCUGUUCUACAGGCAGAAAUAAGUGAACCUACAAUUGGCAAACCAGUUUUACUUAAUGUCGGGAAACCAGUUGUAACUAAGAGGAAACCAAGUUAUUUGCAUCAGUUUGGAGAUCAACGACCUGGAAGCAUGUUCAUGUCAACAUCUCGGGUAACAGAAAUGCAUUCAAUGCGACCAUCAAAUUUAUCAGUACAUGUCAGUGGAUCAUGUGCUGAAUCAGUUAUUCACUCCUCAACAGCAAUGGAGAAGAAACCACCAUUUGAAUUAAAAACAUCUUUUUGUACUGAAGUGCAAUGUUCUGUGGAUAGUGGUCAACCAAGCUUUAAAACUGAAGUUUCUACAAGAACUCUUAACUAUGGAGAAACUGUUACUUUACAUAUCAAUAAGAAAGACUCAACAGAAGAGGCCAGCAAGAGCAGCUUUGAUAAACUUAAAAAUGUUGCUGAUUUCACAUUGAAAAACACUGAAGCUGGAACAAGAAAAACAACUGAAGUGCAUAUACCAAGUUUAGAGCAUGAUAUACAAAGAAGCAAGGCUGAUAUAAGGCAUGCCUUACAAGAACAUUUGCCAGAAUGCACAAGUGAAAUUACGUACAAGAAGUCAAAGAGAAAAAGUGUAACAUUCUCAGACUUCAGCCUAAAUAAUGAAGAAGGAGCAUCUCCCUCAUCUGCAGAAUACAACGUAAACUCGUUCGAAAGAAAAGCUGAUGAAGGGAACGACAAACCUUACCAUUCAACAAAAGAAAGUACCACACCUCCUUCAGAACCAGAAGAAUCUCGUCAAGUCUCAACUAGAUAUGAAGGCAGUGAAAUGGAGAAGACUUUUAAAAAAUUGGAAGAUUCUCCACUGUUUUAUAUGGCUGUACCACAAGAGAGUACUAAAAUGACAGAUAUCCCAGAGCACAUUGGAUGGCAAAUGAAAUCUCACAAAAUUGACAAAUCUUUUAAACCAGAUUCAUCAGAUUCUCAAACCCGGAAUGUUAAAGGCCACGCCAGACCUAUACAAGAUUUGGAAAAUGAGAACAUUCAAAGUGUUACUGUGAAGAAGCUGCGUGAAAUACAGUUCAGUCCAACCACAUUCAAGAGAAAAACUUUUGCAGCUCGCAUGAAUGUAACCGAGCAAAAUAUUUUCUCAAGGAUUUCAAGUGAAGGAGUUGAUAACAGGAAAGAAGAAAUGAGCAUGUUACCUGAAAUCAAGAGGCACCUAUACAUGGAGCAUCCAAAGAGCUACCAUGUGCAUUUGGCUGCACAAGACAAUUCAGGUAUUCUCGAAGUACAAGAUGCAGAACCCAGUGAUACCCAGAAAAUCAGCACCUCACAACAAUUUCUAUCACUUACACCAUCUGUUGUUAACACUAGAAUAGGUAUUCCUGAAGCACAGAGGGCAGAACCUAGUGAUACCCAGAAAGGCAGCACCUCACAACAGUUUCUGUUACUCAAACCACCUGUUCUUAGCACCAGCAGAGAAACAGAAGUCAAGGAAGAAUGCUCCAUGAAGCCAACGGGGAGAAGAAAACUGCAUUCUAAUUAUGAUGUCAAAGAAGAAACUGGAAGGGGUUCACACGGUUUUGUGAAGAGAGUUGUGAAUAAACAGAAUGGAACUUCAUGCGCUGCUAAGUUUAUUCCACUCAGAAAAAAUACCAGGUCACAAGCUUAUGAAGAACUUGCCAUCUUAUCCAAAGUUAACCAUCCAAAGAUCUCCUGCUUACUUGAUAUGUUUGAAACCAAGCGAACACUUGUGUUGGUGCUGGAAAUGUGCUCUAAUGAAGGACUCUUGGACCAUUUGUUCAAAAGGAAUGUGGUUCCAGAAACUGAGAUUAAAUAUUAUAUCCAGCAGAUUUUAGAAGGGGUCCAGUAUCUCCAUAACAACAAGAUUCUACACCUUGACAUAAAGCCUGCGAACAUUCUAAUGGUGCAUCCAGAAAGAAAUGAUAUUAAGAUAUGUGAUUUUGGAUUUGCACAAAACUUCUCACCAGUCCAGCCACAGUUUAGCAAAUAUGGUUGCCCAGAAUUUGUGGCACCUGAAAUUGUCUCCCAGGAUCCGAUUUCAACUGCCACUGACAUAUGGGCUGUUGGUGUCAUCACAUUUUUAUGUUUGACAGGUAGUUCUCCAUUUAUUGGUGAAAAUGACAGAACUACACUGAUGAAUGUGAAAAAAGGAUCUUUCUCAUGGGAUGAGCGUGAUCAAGAUUGUAUCAGUGAAGAUGCUCAAAAUUUCAUUACAAGAAUAAUUAGAAUAAUUCCACAGGAUAGGCCAACGGCAUCUGAAUGUUUGGAAGAACAAUGGUUUCAGGUAAAACAGAAACUCCAGGAGUCUUGCACAAUUAAUACAAAAAAGUUGAAAUCCUUUAUCUCAAGAAGCAAGUGGCAGCAAUCCCUUAUGAGCUACAAAUCAAUACUGGUAAUGAGAUCCAUUCCGGAACUUUUGGAAGGGACAUCUGAUGGUCUUUCUCUUGGAAUGUCUCGACACUUGCUGAAGGAAAGCAGCUCACCAACAACUAGUGCUUCUUCUUCUGAUUUUGAAGACUGCACCCAUCAGACAAAUGCCUGUUCAACCCAUACUCCAGAAGUCAAUCAGACUGUACUUGAUCGAUAUUAUACAAAUGAAAGUGAAUUCUAUGAAAUCCCUUGGUCUGCUUCUUUCUCAAAAGACAUUAUAGAUCCAGAUAUCUGUAAGGAAAAAUGUGAUAGGACACUUCUAACUAGAAACACUGCUGUUGAAGAACAACCAUAUGUAAAACAUGAAGCAGGUGCAGAAUACAGAGAGGAUAUGAAAGCACAACAUAAAUAUUCUGAAAUCUGUGAAGAUCUGAAUUUAAAUGGUAGCAGCUUGAAGCAUCCCCUUUCCAAAGCUGCUUCCAUGGAGACUUCAGACUGUUCAAGAGUGGAGGGAGCAACAACUCACACUUUAGUGCAACGUACUUCUUCUGAUAAUGCUGUUCCACUUCAAUUAUCAGGACAAAGUAGCUCACUGGAUACGAGCUCCAAAUCAUCACCUAGACUUUUACCAAGGCAUUGUCUUAUAAAAAGUACUUUCUGCAGUGAUAUGCUGGAGAGCAGGGAUCUUUCUACUGAGAAUGCUCAAUACACAAGGAGCCUUGAAAGGACAAGAAGGCGUUUUGUAGAGGCAGGUUACACAAGAGGAAAGGUGAGUGGUCUCCGUCAGCCACUCUUGGAGUGCUUUCAGAUGCCUCUACAAAGCAGAAGAUUUGAUGCUGAAAGAUUUGAGGAAAUCUCAAGCCACAGUUCUGGAAGAUUAACAAGAUCAGCGUCUUAUGAUAACAGCAAUAUUGUAGCUCAUCUCUCCAAGGAAAAUUCAAGGAAGACCAAGUCAUUUGAUGAAUAUGAAGCAGAGUUCUUAGCUCAGACUAUAGUAAACAAACCUGUAAGUGAAAUACCAGAACUAUCUCCAGAGCAGUCAGAUCCAAACUCCAAUACGAUGUUGGUUGUUAGUGAUGUCUUAACACCUCAGCCCAUUUCCCUGGAUGCGGAAGAGUCGGGUACACAGGAGUCAGCAAUGUGUGACUACACAUGCAGUGACACAGUGUGCUUAUCAGAAGAGGGUUCCUUUCUAUCUAAUGUAAAAUAUAGUUCAGAAAGCCCUGUCAAAAAUAUUAGCUUUGAGAUAGAUCAAUCUGUGCAAACUGAUGUAGCUUCUUUACACUCAUCAGAAAAGAAUAUGGAGAUGCACAUGGAGAAGAAAGCCUGUAUUAUUGACAGCAAAGUCAACGACAGUCAGUAUUCAGAAAUGGAGUUCAGUGUGGCCGUUUCUUCUCAGAGUCCAUCAGAUCUGCAAACCAUGGACAGCGAAUCUUUGCAGUCACUUAAAGAAACAAAAACCUCAUCUCUCUCUGAAUCUCCAGAGUUGGAGUCUACAACAUCACAGAGACAGCAUAUUGAUCAGCCUGCCAGCUCACAUUCACAUGUUUCUGGAAUGAAGUCUUUUGAAUUUCAAUGUCCCAUGGAUUCAGAGUUGGAGAGGGAAAUCUCCUCUGUUGCUGCUUCAAUUGUCACAUCUGAUCAACUGGAACAGAGUUUAAAUGAAAAUGUCAGUUCUUUAUAUUUUAACACUGUAGAACCAGGCACAGAUUACUUUGACCUGUCUGAACCAUACAGCUAUGGUCUAGAGUUUGAACACUGCCCCUCAUUUCUGUCUGAAAGGUCUGAAGAGAAAAACACUUGGCAAGCAGAGAGUAUGCCUGUGCCAUGGACAUCUGAAGAACUAUUUCCUUCAAAGGAAACAAAAGCCAAAAAGGGCAGUCCUUUGCAAGGAAAGUCAGAUCAGGCAUCAAGCACCUCAUAUGAAAUAUUGUGUGAUGAGGCUGAAACAACAAGUGAAUAUUCCUGGAAUCUGACUGCCAAUGAAUCAGAAUCAGAUUUAUUGGAAUUGCUGAAAGAUACAGAAGAAGAUGAGACAGCAUCUGAUAUCGAAGAAGGAGAAUCAAAAAUUAAAAGAAGAUCUAAAAGAGCUUCACUGGAAAACAUAAUACAUCAGAGUUUUGAAAGUCUAAGAAAAGCAUUCAAAAGCCAGAAGGAUGCAAAACCUCCAACUGCUUCAAGUGAAACUAUCAGUGAAAUUCACACAGACCCAUUGCCAAAGUCUACUUCAGAAAUGUUUGGCAGCUCUAGUCUAUUAAGAUUAUUUAGAAGGUCUGCUUCAUUAAAUUGGGAUAAAGGUUUGCAUCAUCUGGAUGAAGAUGGAAGAGAAAAUCGAUAUUCUUUAUCUGUAUUGCGGGAUUUAAACGUGAGCAAACAAUUGCCAAUGUCAGUGGGUACAAGGAAAAGUCAGACUUUGCCAGCUCGGUUUUCAUUGCAGUUGAAAAGCAAAGAAAAACCUAAAGUGAGAGAAAAAAAAGAUGGGAAGGUGAUUGAGUCCCAGGCAAGGGCAGACCCAAAUAAUGAAGACUUGUCUGGGAACCAGUACAUGGAAGUUAUGAAAAUGCCACUGAUAUCCCUCUUAACAUCAUAUGAAGAAAACAUAGAAAAGCAGCAAGGGACUGUGCAAUCAACAGACACUAGAAACAAUACCAGCAGUUUUUUGAAGAAAAAAUCAAAACUGUUUUCUUUGAAGCUACCUGGUUCAAAAGCAAAGGAAAAAGCACCAUCAUUUCUCGAAGGCCUUAUAGACCAGUCAGUUGUGUUGAGUCAGUCUGUGACCUUGUCCUGCAGAUCUCAAGGGUAUCCAAAUCCUGACAUACGUUGGUUCAAAGAGGAUCAGUUGGUGUGCUGCAGUAAUCGGAUACAGACAUCAACCACAAGCAAAAGUUGCCAGCUUCUAACUAUCCUAAAUGUAAUAGAAGAUGAUCUGGGUAGAUAUACAUGUGUGGCGGAAAACCAUUUGGGCAAAGCUUCAACUUGCUGCUUACUGAAUUUAACAGUUGUGCCUUGUUGCCCUGAUUCCCCUGAAGUAGCACAGGUCUAUGAAGAUGGAGUUUUAGUGAUAUGGAAGCCCCUUGUUGCCAACACUCCAAUAAUGUAUAUUAUUGAGUGUAAAAGAAAGGGUGAAGACUGGACAAAUGUUGCAUCCAACCUUUCUGAAUCCUGCUUUUAUGCCAGUGAUCUGUGUAAAGGAGAAACAUAUUCAUAUAGAAUAGCAUAUGUCAAUAAAGCUGGUAAAGGACAAUUUAGUCAACCAUCUUCUGAAGUUAUCAUUGGGAAGACAGAAGUACAGUCACAUAGUGUACAUGGAGAAAAGCCAGCACCAGUACAUGAGACAUACACAUUUUUCACAGAGAUAAACAGAGGACGCUUCAGCAUCAUAAAGAAAUGUACAGAGAACUCCUCAGGAAAAUCGUUUGCAGCUAAAAUUACUCCUUACAAGAAGCAGAACAAGCCCUUUGUCCUGAAGGAGUAUGAAACCCUAAAGAAGCUCCAUCACAACAACAUUGUUCAGCUUCAUGGUGCCUACAUCACACCUAAAUACUUAGUUUUGAUCCAAGAACUCUGUGAAGGAAAAGAGCUAUAUCACCAUUUGGCUGAAAGGACCUCUUACACUGAACACCAUGUCGUGGAGUUGCUCACACAGAUACUCAGUGCUGUUGAAUAUCUCCACCUCAAUCAUACUGUUCACCUUGAUCUAAAAUCAGAGAACUUGAUCAUUGUGCAGCACAAUGUAUUGAAGCUGCUGGAUUUCAGCAGUGCUGAGAUACUGCUACCAGGCCAUCCUGUGUUGGUAGAAAAGUGCAGAGACUUCAUGGAGAAUAUGGCUCCAGAAAUUCUGGAAGGGAAGGCAGUUGUUCCAGAGACAGAUAUCUGGGCAGUCGGUGUACUAACCUUUACAAUGUUAAGUGCGGAUUGUCCUUUUAGAUCUGAUAAAGAUUGUGAUAAAGAAAAGAAUAUAAGGAAAGGGAAAGUCAAGCUCGGGAGAUGUUAUGCUGGCCUUUCACAAGGAGCAGUUUUGUUUCUGAAGAAUACAUUGUGUGUUAACCCAGGGGGAAGGCCAUGUGCUUCAGAAUGUCGUUCAUUCCCAUGGUUACAAGACUAUUCACAAAUGAACCCAAGACAUUCGAUGAUUUUCUUUCAAACAACAAAACUCAGAAAUUAUCUAAAACAACGUGAGAAACGGAGGAUGCUUCUAAGUACAAAGCAUGAGGUGCUCAUGUUUCAGUGAUAGUGAAACAAGAAAGAGAUUGAAUAUCCAGAAUAUCUUUAAUUGAUCUGUUUUUAAUUUGCAAAGUUAGAGAAGCUAUGCCAUGAAGGAAAAUUGGUUUGCAAGGCCAUAACUUGUUUUCCCAAUCUUGAAUCAGUACGCAUUUAAACAAUUUGGUCAGCAGCCUUCGUGCACGAGACAGAAGUUGAUCCAAUAAUGAGUGGUAAAAAUUUAAAUAUAUCAAACAUUAACUUCAGUUGUAGCAUAAGAAAUGAAGUAUAAUCUUUUUG